CGUUAUUUAAGCGUCGGCCGGCAGUCAGUGAGCUCAUUGCACCGAAGUGCUCCGUCGAGUCGCGAUAAUGUACACAUCCACAAUUACGAGACGAUCUGCGGAUAACGGCACGACAAUGACGAGCCGCCGACGGCCGAACGUACAGGCGACGACGACGACGACGACAACGGCAACGGCGGCGUGUGGACGGACGGCUGCCGCGGCCCUUCUGGCGGUGCUUCUGGCCGGAGCUGCCAGUGCCGCGUCCACCGGCGCCAAGUCCGCGGCCGCCGCCCCGGACCUGUUGGCCGUCGGGUCGGAGGCGCUCUCUAUGGCCGCCGCGGCCGCCGCUCUGGCACCGCCGCCGGCCGCCAUCACGGAACCGGCCACGGCCGAGUCGAAAAAGUUGGCCGGCCAUUCGGCGCUGAUGGACGGCUACGCGCUGACGGGAUCGCACAAGGGCGACCGGGGCUACAACGAGGACGACGUGUUCGGCGACAAGAUCGGCGACAGUUACGGGUUCGGCACGCAGACGGCGUACGGCACCAAGGGCGGUGACGGCGACGGCGGCGGCGCCGGUGCGUACCACGAGUCGACGUCGUACGACGACAACGGCCGCUCGAAUCCCAAGUACUCGUCGUGGCACUUCGAGGACAAAGACGGCAAGCCGACCAAGCGGUACGUGUUCGAUUCGCAGAAUAAGAACAAGAACAGACAGGACCCGCAGGCGGUCGAGGCCGAGGCGUCCGAGUACGACAGCGUCGAGGCGUACGACUACCCGGACGACGGAGGCACGCACGCCGGUUACGAAGCCGAAGAGCCGGAACCCGAGUACGGGGCCCUGUACGACUCGGCCGACGUCUACGAUGGUGACUAUUAGGCGCCCCUCACGCCGCCGCCGACUGACCAUUUCGAAGCCGUCUUCCCGAAGCGACCCGCGUCGUGUUACCAGAUACCCGCACACACUCGCACACGUUGCAUAGUACCAACGUAGGUAUAAUGGCACUAUUUUUUUUUUUUUUUCAUAUAUAUCCCGGAAGCGCGUAAAAAACAUUAAUAAUAAUUCGGGCUAAAUAUCUCUCACGCGUAAUAGUUUUUCAGGUAUAGGUACGUUUAUUUUUUUCGGUUAUUCGUUUACACACACACACACACACAUACACACACACGCACACACCGCAAAACACGUUGUAACAGAGUAUUUUUUUUUUUUUGCCCGUGACUUAUCAUUUUUUGCUUAUAUUUUAUUAUGUAAAUGUAAAAAAAAAAAAAAACCUGACAUAGACAUAUCAAGCACUUUUUCUUUGCGACGUAUAUCAUAACCGUGAUACGAUAUUAUGCUCACAAUGUUUCGGUAACAACACCAACAAUAAUAUUAUUACGACCGCCACCGCGACACGAAACUGUAUCGUCGUUUUUUUUUGUUUUUUUAUGUAUAUAGGUAAUAAUAAUAUAAUCCGGUCGAGUGUUAUGAUAUUUUUAUAAUGUGUUAUAUCAUUUUUAUUUUUUUUUUUCUAACCUUUUUAUUUGUAUUUGUUAUGGUUGUUAUUAUAUUAUACCGUCGUCGUUGUUAUUUUAUUUUUUGUAGUUG